AUUCUUUCCAUAACCUAGCAUUCGCUUAAAGUUCUCCGGCGCAGAAUAUUGUGAAAUCUGAACUGCAGAACUCUAACAGGGUUCCCAACAACAAUGAAGAUAUUGAUACCCCUUCUACUAUGGGGAACCUGUUUCAUCGCAGCGUUUGAGGUGGUUCCCUUGAACUCCCUAGAACCGGAAACACGUUCCGUCGCUAGUGCCACCGUUGGUACUUCCUUCUACUACAAGUACCCUGCCGGUUGUACGGUGACAUACCCACGGGAUACCACCUUCAACUUCUCUGGCUCCUACGCGUAUGUACAGUAUGUGACCGGCACGACGGUCUUAUUCAUCCGACAGACGUCAGUAAUGUUUACAGAUCCCACAACAUUCUGCGGAGUUGAAGGACAAGUUAAGAUUGUGGGCGGGACUAGCAUGAUAUUUCCCAUUAAUUCCACCAUGACAUUGCCCCCACACACGGUGGUUCGGUAUGAAGCGAGUUAUGGGAUGCAGCUUCGUCACCAGUGGAACGGGGGUGAGAACGGGAUGGGUGUGGUGAUUUGGCCUUACUCAGUCGGAGUAACUAUUAUCACAACGGGAAAUGGUGGAAAUAAUGGGUGCAUGGUUUGAAAUUUUACAAAAUUUCGAAACUGACAAGAAAUACAAUUGCUUACUGUAGAUGAUUUCUAGAGGAUCAAUUUGAUUUAAAUAAAUAAGUUGAAAGUUGCAUGCAGCUAAAUAUGGUUCAUGAAAACAAAUAAUUUAAAUGGAAAAUUAAAUGUUGCAAGAGGUCAACAAACUA